AUGGGGUACGACGACUGGGUUGAUCUACACAUGACGGAUGCACUACCUGGUUUACCCAUCCAGGUGAAAAAUGCAGAGCUCCAGUGGGGAAAAUUCUAUGCCGACGGGAACAAAGAUCACGAGAUCACCCCAGAGCAAGUUGAUAGCACAGUGCUUCCUGCCAAUUCUUCGGGUCCUGCAGACGUCUGGAGUUGUGGCAGAGAAGAUGCUCCCUCGGGAAGCGAAGGAAGUUUUGAUUUAAUUGAUCAAAAUUACGGCAACACUAUCUGUACCCUGGAGUGGAACUGCCCAUAUGAGCCUGGGAAAGGAAAUGAGAAUUGGGUCAAGACAACAAACCUAGAUACGGACUACAACGUCACUAUCGCCGGGAACUACCAUAAGAACAAAGGGACCUUGAAGAAAGUUGAUAUCACCGUCGCAGCUGCUUGA